AAAACAAAAAAUAAUCAUUGAGAAAGUUGCAAUCCCAUCGAUUCAGGAAAAUUUUCGCAACUUUUAAUUAAAUUCCUGCAAUUCUAAAGGCUUAAUUCAUCUAUAAAUAGUUAAUCUGUUGUGUCAACAUCAAAAAUGGCUUUAAGAAUCCUUAAGCAAUCAAAUUGCGCUGUUCUUCAAGCAUUAAAACGAAACUAUUGCUCAGCCUUUGAAUUGCAGCAUAAAAAUCCCGUUCAAAAAGCCAUCCCUAAAAUCCCAAAAGCUCAAUAUGGAGGAAGACACACUGUCACGAUGCUUCCAGGCGGUGGUAUUGGAUCAGAAUUGAUGAAUUAUGUCCGUGAGAUCUUCCGUUAUGCUGGAGUUCCAGUAGACUUCGAGGUGCUUGAUAUCGACCCAAAUAGCGAGUCAAAUGACGAUUGGGAUAAUGCCAUCACAUCAAUUAAGAGAAAUGGAGUCGCAAUUAAGGGAAAUAUUGAGACUAAGAGUGAACAAAUUGGAAUCAUUUCGAGAAAUGUCGCCUUAAGAAAUGAAUUAGGUUUAUAUGUCAAUGUUUUACAUUGUAAGUCAUAUCCUGGUGUAAGAUGUCAUCAUAAAGAUGUUGAUUUAGUCGUUGUUCGACAAAAUACAGAAGGAGAAUAUGCAAUGUUGGAACAUGAAUCUGUUAGUGGUGUUGUUGAAUCUCUUAAGAUCAUUACUGUUGAGGCUAGUGAGCGUUUAGCGCGUUUUGCCUUCAAUUAUGCUAGAACUAAUGGACGUAAGAAGGUGACAACAAUUCACAAAGCUAAUAUUAUGAAAUUAUCUGAUGGAUGUUUCCUCGAAACAUCAAGACGUAUUGCCAAAGAAUUUCCCGAUAUUAAACAUGACGAUAUGAUUAUUGACAAUACUUGUAUGCAGUUGGUCGCUCGACCAGCUCAAUUUGAUGUCUUAUUAACAACGAAUCUUUAUGGAAGUAUUACAAGUAAUGUAAUUUGUGGAUUAAUUGGUGGUGCUGGAUUAUAUUCUGGAAGAAAUUAUGGUGAUCAUUAUGCAGUCUUUGAGCCAGGCACUAGAAAUACUGGUACUUCAAUAGCUGGAAAGAACAUCUGUAAUCCAUUUGCUAUGCUUAAUGCUAGUGUUGACAUGUUGAAUCAUUUGGGACACACUCAACAUGCUCAGGCUAUUGAAGCUGCUAUUUACGAUACCAUUGUUGUCGAUAAAAUCCACACAGCAGAUUUGGGAGGCACCGCAUCAACGACUGAUUGUAUUCAGAAUGUUCUCAAGCAUCUCGCCGAGAAGCAUGUCUCAUGGCAUGGAGUUCGUUAAAUUUUUUCGGCGUGUAUCCCUAGUAUCGUACUAAUGUUGUUAACAAGAACUUGUUCAACACAAAAAAAAAAUUUUAAUUCCUUUUUAAUACCUAUAACAUUCCCCUAAAGCCUCUGUUUUGAAUCCAAACCAUUCCUUAUUACUCAAAAUUAAUCUAAUUUCAUUUGUAUAAUUUUCAUUAAGGCAUACGUCUGUUGAAAGUGAAGAGGAUGAAUCUGAUAAUCCGGCAUUUUGGCGUUUUGCUUGAAUCAAGAUUAUUUGGCAUUAAUAAUGUUAUUUUAUGAGAUAAUGUGAGUGGCUGUUGGUAGUUUUGAGUUUGUAAAGUUCGCAUUGUUGCUAAAAUAACAUUAUCAUUGGAAAUCUUGGCCCGAGCAUAUCACAAAAACUAAAAAAAUGAUAUUAGAACAUAAAAAAAAUCUCAAAAUUAUUCAUAAUCGUUACUAAUGAAUUUAAUUGAAUUUUUUAGUUCCACGUUUAAUAUUGCACACCCACAAAUCAACAAAGAAUUGGCAAGAAAUCCAGAAAAUCCAUAAAUUCAAAUUUAUUAUUUUUAUAUCCUUAAUUAAAGCAUUUUAUUAUUUCUGUUCGCAUGGUAAUUUCUUAUGAUUUAAAGUGUAUAUCUCAACAAUAAGUAUUCCAAAAUCAGCACAUCCAUCCAAAUACAUCCCAACGAUUAAUUUACUAUCCACUCUUUUUUUAAUCUUAAAUUUAUCUUAUUUCAGAUUUGUUUACACAUAAGUUAUUAAGGAAAUUAUGUAAAACAUAAAUUAUUUGAAAAAUAAAGAAAAUUGUAAUGUGCAACAUUAUU